AUGGACGUUUCUAUAUCUUCAAAAAUUGACGAAAAAGCAAAUUCAACACAUUGUUUUGCAAUUUGCCGAUCGUGUAAGCGUGCAUAUCCUGAUAAAGAAGAAUCUGAAUUAAAAUUUGGUUAUAUAAAAAACACAUGCAAAAAUCAUUUGCGUGAUUGUAAAGCUUUUCAAAAUGAAGUUACUCCGAAAGAAUAUGAAAAAAUAUUAAAUUUAGAUAGAAAAUUUGUACAACCUUUAGAUUAUAAAGAUGAUGGAGAAAAUUCAUGUUCUUCAUCUCAAAAAAAAAUUUAA